CUUUUCCUGUUACCUGAACAGGUGGCCCAGUUAAACAUGCCCCUGUUGUGUUGGUUAUCCAUUGCUACUCCAGUAUAAAUAACCCGGCUGGCAGGUAGGAGUACCCUGCAGUCCUGACCUGGUUAAGGAGCUCGUGGCUGCCAUUUCCUAGAGCCAACAGCAUGAGUCAUGACUUUGUCACAUGCUUUUCUAUGGCCCAUCUCCAUAGUGUUCCUUUUUCCCUUGAAGGCUCAUACAGCCUAACUCCGUGUCCCUCUGUGGGGACUUCCUUCCAGGUCCCUUUUGUGGCAGAGUUCACACAUGACCAAUAUUUAAGACUACUACCUUUCCCCAUAGUCUUUGUUGUUGGUUUUUUUGGUCCUCUAACAACUUGUCCAUAGGCUGUCACUAUCUGGGGCCAUCUGCAAAGAGAAUCACAGUUUGUUUUCCUGUGUAGGCUGUUCCCUCACAGCAUGAUGAACUUUGUGGGAUGAUCCCUGGCUGGCUGGUUUCCAAGAAGUGUCACCUGUGGGAGACCCAGGAUGAGAAGACUGACAGAAGAAGCAACUAGCUGAAGAGCCGUAAAAUGCCCAAACCUGGGCUCCCAAAGCCAGCUCAGAGUGAGAGUUCUGACAGUGACAGCAAUAUGGUAGAGAGACCAUGUGGAAGAAAGAGUAAAGACAAGAUUGCAUCUUACAGCAAAACUUCAAAAAUUGACCGAAGUGAUACGGGCAAGGAGAUGAAAGAGAGGCCAUCCAUGAAACGGAAACUGCCCUUCACCAUUAGCCCGUCAAGAAACGAAGAGCGAGGUUCAGACACAGAUUCAGACCCAGGACAUACAAGUGAGAACUGGGGGGAGAGACUUGUCUCUUCUUACAGGACGUACGCAGAGAAAGAAGGUCCAGAAAAGAAGAAAACCAAAAAAGAAACUGGAAGUAAGAAAUCCACCCCUGUUAGCAUCCUUUUUGGUUACCCACUCUCUGAACGGAAGCAGAUGGCACUUGUAAUGCAGAUGACAGCGAGGGACAACAGUCCAGACUCCACACCAAGUCAUCCCUCACAAGCAACCCCAGCCCAGAAGAGGACGCCCAGUUCUUCAUCUCGACAAAAAGAUAAAAUCAAUAAAAGAAAUGAGCGUGGUGAAACUCCUUUACACAUGGCUGCUAUUCGAGGAGACGUGAAGCAAGUCAAAGAAUUAAUAAGUUUAGGGGCGGAUGUGAAUGUGAAAGACUUUGCAGGUUGGACACCUUUACAUGAAGCGUGCAAUGUUGGAUAUUAUGAUGUUGCUAAAAUACUGAUAGCAGCAGGAGCAGAUGUUAACACACAAGGAUUAGAUGAUGACACCCCCCUCCAUGACUCUGCCAGCAGUGGGCAUAGAGACAUAGUGAAGCUGUUGCUUCGUCAUGGUGGGAACCCAUUCCAAGCUAACAAGCAUGGAGAGCGCCCCGUGGACGUGGCAGAGACAGAGGAGUUGGAGUUGCUGCUAAAAAGAGAGGUGCCUUUGUCUGGCGACGAUGAAAGUUACACAGAUUCAGAAGAAGCUCAUUCUGUAAAUCCUUCUAGUGUUGAUGAAAAUAUUGACUCAGAACCAGAGAAAGACCCUUUCGUCUGUGAAAGUAAAGUUCUCCCAAGUAAAGCCCCACUCCCAUCUGCUCUGGAUGAGUACGAGUUCAAAGACGAUGACGAAGAAGACAUAAGUCAGAUGAUGGAUGACAGGCAUAUUCUUAGAAGAGAACAACGAAAAGAGAAUGAGUCAGAAGCAGAAAAAAGUGGUUUGUUUGCAAAACAGGAGAAAGCCUUCUAUUCUAAGUCAUUUAAAACUAAGAAGCAGAAGCCAUCGAGGGUUCUGUAUUCCAGCACAGACAGUUCUGAUGAAGACCUUCUUCAGGGCAGCAAAAGGACUUCUGCUGCAUGCUCUGUCCCCGAACCAUCAAAUACUGACACGCAAGCCAGAAGAGAAUAUGAAUAUAAACAGAAAGGCAAAGUGAAAAGGAAAUUAAAAAAUCAGAAUAAAAACAAGGAGAACCAAGAGCUGAAACAAGAGAAAGAGGGGAAGGAAAACAGCAGAGUAACAAACUUGACAGUUAAUACUGCACUGGAUUGUUCAGAGAAAACCAGAGAUGAGGGCAGUUUUAGGAAAUCUUUUAGCCCAAAAGAUGAUACUUCCUUACACUUAUUCCAUAUUUCCACUGGCAAAUCUCCCAAGCACUCUUGUGGGUUAAGUGAAAAGCAGUCCACACCACUAAAGCAAGAACAUAUGAAAGCGUGCAUAUCUCCAGGGAGCUCUGAACUGUCGCUGCAGCCUGAUCUUGCUCGGUACGAUAGUAUGGAGCCUGAAUUCUUGCCAGAAAGCUCAAACGUAAAAUCCUAUAAGCAUAAGGAAAAAAACAAACAUCAGAAAGAUUUCCACCUAGAAUUUGGUGAAAAAUCAAAUGCCAAAAUGAAAGAUGAGGAUCACAAUCCAACAUUUGAAAACUCAGAGUGCACACUGAAAAAGAUGGAUAAGGAGGGCAAGACCCUGAAAAAACACAAACUGAAGCAUAAAGAGAGGGAGAAAGAAAAGCACAGGAAGGAAGCUGACGGCGAGAAGGAGAAGCACAAAGGCAAGGACAGCGCCCGAGAGCUUCAGAGGAGUGUCGAGUUCGACAGAGAGUUCUGGAAAGAGAAUUUUUUCAAAAGCGAUGAAACUGAAGAUCUCUUUUUAAAUAUGGAACAUGAGUCCCUAACAGAAAAAAAGUCAAAGCUGGAAAAAAGCAUGAAAGAUGACAAAUCAAGUAAGGAAAAGCACGCCUCAAAAGAGAGGGGCUUUAAGGAAGAGCGGGAGAAGACUAAAAAGGAAAAUGAAAAAUCUCUUAGGGAAGAGAAGUUGAAAGAAGAAAGGGACAGUGUGUCCACAGAGAGAGAAGCCGAGUGUAGUUCUGUGGGUGUCACUGUAAACCAGGAGUCUGCCGGGCCACAUUCAGCGGAAAAGGAAAUGGACAUUGAGAAACAAGAAAAGCAUACGAAAGAAAGGGAAAAAUCUGACAGACGAUUCCAAACUAAGGAAAAAGAGGUUGACAAGAUGGAAAGAAAACUUUCAGAAAAAGAAAAGAAGAUAAGACAUGACCAUAAGUCAGAAAAGGAGAAAUGGGACUUUAGUGAAUGUGUUGACAGAAUAAAAGAAAAGGAGAAGCUGUGUUUAUACCAGACAGAAAGGUGUCAGAAAGAGGGGGAGAGGAUGAAAAGCACGAUUAAAAAAGCUGAUGACAGAGAGAGGAACAGAGAAAAGAUGGAUAGAAAGCAUGACAAAGAAAGGCCCGAAAAAGAGAGAUGUUUAGCAGAAAGCAAAGAAAAGCACUUGGAGAAAAAAAAGUCUGAUAAUAGUGAGUAUGCUAAGUCAGAAAAGGCCAGAAACAAAGACAGGGAAGGAGAGAAGAAGGAGAAAUUCAGAGAUAAAGAAAGUAUAAACGUAACUAACUCCAGACACUUACAAGAAGAGAAAAGGUCAAGUAUAGGAGACAGUAAAAUCCAGCAUGAGAAAACUGUGUGUCUUAAAGAAAAGGCAAGGGAUGAACCUUUGAAGACUCCUGAUGGCAAAGAGAAAGAUAAAAAAGAUAUAGACAGAUACAAAGAACGAGACAAACGUAAAGAAAAAAUCCAACUAAACACUCUAAUCAAACUAAAGUCUGAGACAGAUAAGCCUAAACCUAAAUCAUCACCAGCCUCAAAAGACACUCGCCCUAAAGAAAAGCGGUUAGUAAAUGAUGACUUAAUGCAGACAAGCUUUGAACGAAUGCUCAGCCUUAAAGACCUAGAGAUAGAACAGUGGCACAAAAAACAUAAGGAAAAAAUUAAACAAAAAGAAAAGGAACGAUUAAGAAAUCGUACUUGUUUAGAGCUUAAAGUAAAAGAUAAAGACAAAACAAAGCAUACAACUAAUGAAUCAAAAAAUAAAGAAUUUAGUAGGUCAAGAAGUUCAGAAUUGACUGAUGUUUUUAACAAGGAGAAACACUCUAAAGAUGUUGGAAGUAAUAGAUCACAAUCUGUUGACACCAAGAACGUACUGAAUUUAGGGAAGUCAUCCUUUAUUUCAGAGAACACCUCGAACCGCUCUCCUAGGUCCGAAAGUGAGAGGCUGGGCCUGAGCUCUAGAUCUGUGUCCAUGAUUUCUGUUGCUAGUUCAGAAGACUCUUGCCACACGGUGACAACCCCCCGGCCUCCUGUUGAAUAUGACUCUGACUUUAUGUUGGAGGGCUCAGAAUCUCAAUUGUCAUUUUCCCAGUCACCUUUUCUGCCAAAUGCCAAAUCUCCAGCCCUUUAUGAAAGGGAGCUGGAGAGCCUUGCUGACCUGCCGGAACGACUUAAACCACCAUGUACAAAUAGAGUUCCAGUGUGCCAUCUCAGGUCGUCUUCUGUGGAAGAUGUUAAACUAAUUCCUAAUGAGGUACGGCCUGCUGUAGAGAUCAGAAGAUGUAGCAUGCCCUCAGUCAUUUGUGAACCCACGAAACAUUUCCAGAUACCAGAAGAAAACACCCAAGGUAGCAUAGCUGUGCCACGAGAGACCUGCCCUUCUCCUAACUCUGCAGUGUCUUCAGCAGUGCCGGAGAGAGGGCUGCCACCUGGGUCUGACUUCCACCCCAACUUGACAGGCUCUCCAGCUAUGUCUGUAAGCAACAGGCACAUUGCAUCUGAUACAAACGUCAUCAAGAGUGUCGGUCUUGCGGGCACUUUAAUGGACAGUCCGGUGCACUUAGAACCAUCUAAUCAGGUUGGAGUGAUCCAGAACAAAUCAUGGGAGAUGCCUGCUGAUAAACUGGAGUCUUUAAGCACCAAUGACUUUAUCUGCCCAGACCCUAGUACAUCUGAUCAAGAUUCCUCUGCUCAAAGUUUCUGUAACUCGGAAAACAAAAGGUUAAGAGAACAAAAUACUGAUUGCCUAUCCUCACACCAGACUGAAAUGCCAGGAAACUCGUGCACUCAGGAUCCAGCAUCCUUUCUGUCCUCACUGCAACCCUGCUCCUUUUCCAACGAGGCACAUUCAGAUGCUGAGUCUGCUUCUAAAUCUGUGUCUUUGUCAUAUGGUGCCAGUCAAGACACAGGUAUUUUACAAGAGAGAAAUGCAGGUCCUGUGAUUAGCUCUGUUUUAGAUAGCGAUAAUAACUUUACAAAGGAUGUGGAAAAUACGUUUGUCCUAGCAGAUAUUCAGAAGACGAAUUCUUUUGUACCUGUUUACUCUGAAAACCCUGUUGAAGAAACACUCCCAAGCUUUGAGAAGGCAAGCACUGUGCUUGUAUUGCCCUCGGGAAAGGACCUCAGUGGAAGCGACACUGCUGCUCAGGUCAGCACGCAGUAUGCCUUUAGCAAGCUCACUCACAAGUCUUCCAGUAGCCAUGAAGUCGAGAAGAGCAUGGAUGAUACUCAAGUUGUCUCACAUGAGAAAGAAAGCAAACUGCAGGGUUUGGUCUUGACUCAGUUGAGUAAAUGUGACUCCGAUUUGUACGGAAUGAAUGCAGGGGUGUCCAAAGGAAGCCUAAGUGACCAGGACGCUGCAAAACAUGGCCAUAGUGGUGAAAAGUACUUGUUCCCCGUUGAAGACGAGGAAUCCCAGCAGAGCCCUUUGUCAAGUGUGGACAGCCAUUCGCAGCCCUCAGCUCAGCCGGAGAUGCACAAAUACGACCAGCUCACUAAAGGAGAGUUAGAAGAAAGUGCUGAAGAUGAUAAAACUGAGAACCAGCUCCCCCAAAGACUGACUAGAAACAAAGUGAGCACAGUGGUCGGUCAGAGUAAGCAGAUUCUUGCUGGCUGUACACUCUUGCCAGAAAAAGACAGUGACUCCUCCCCAAGGGGAAGAAUAAGGCUCACUGAAGAUGACGACCCUCAGAUUCACCAUCCACGGAAGAGGAAAGUGUCCCGGGUCCCUCAGCCUGUGCAAGUGAGCCCCUCUUUACUUCAGGCAAAGGAGAAAACUCAGCAAUCUCUUGCAGCCAUCGUAGAUUCUCUGAAACUAGAUGAGAUUCAACCGUACAGUUCUGAGAGAGCAAAUCCAUAUUUUGAAUAUCUGCACAUCAGGAAAAAAAUUGAAGAGAAGCGCAAGUUACUAUGUAGCGUUAUCCCUCAAGCUCCUCAGUAUUAUGACGAGUAUGUAACAUUUAAUGGAUCAUAUCUCCUGGAUGGAAACCCCUUAAGCAAGAUUUGUAUUCCUACAAUUACACCACCACCUUCGCUGUCAGAUCCACUUAAAGAGCUCUUUCGGCAACAGGAAGUAGUAAGAAUGAAACUACGUUUGCAGCAUAGUAUCGAAAGGGAAAAACUUAUUGUAUCCAAUGAACAAGAAGUUCUGCGAGUUCAUUACAGAGCUGCAAGAACACUGGCAAAUCAAACGCUGCCGUUCAGUGCUUGCACCGUCUUACUGGACGCAGAAGUGUACAAUGUGCCCUUGGACUCCCAGUCUGAUGACAGUAAAACUUCUGUGAGAGAUCGAUUUAAUGCAAGACAGUUCAUGUCCUGGUUACAAGAUGUGGAUGAUAAAUUUGACAAACUGAAGACCUGUCUUUUAAUGCGGCAGCAACACGAAGCUGCAGCUUUAAACGCCGUCCAGAGACUCGAAUGGCAGCUCAAACUCCAGGAGCUCGACCCUGCCACCUACAAGUCCAUCAGUAUUUAUGAGAUCCAGGAAUUCUAUGUUCCCCUUGUUGAUGUUAAUGACGACUUUGAACUCACUCCUAUAUAGCAUUGGUAUUUGUGUUGGUAUCGUCUUACACUAACGAUACAAGCGUUAAACUGUGGAAUACUGCCUUUUAAGAAAAAAACUGAUAAUACGCCUUUACAGUUGUUAGUGAAGUUAGCUAAAGUUGGUUGUGUAGUGAACACUGUCAUUUUAUAAAAAUAAAGAAAAAUAUUUUGGAUCUUAGGUCCAAGUACAGUUUCUAGCAGAAAACUAUUAUUUAUAUUGAUCAAAGGUAACUAUUACAUUAGAACUCGUUGGCAAACUGAGUAGAACUUUAAAAAGUUAAGAAAAAUCUGUUAACAGCGCUGGAAGUUGUUAGCACUCUAACAAGAUAACCAACCACAAAUACUCAGAUCUCUUGCGGGUUUUAUUAAAAGUACAUGAGUAAACUCAAAGAUUCAAUUCCUACCAAAUAGUUUCUAAUGUGGAAGAAAACCUUGGCACAAAAUUCUUCAGUUUAUCUUAUCUGUAAAUUAAUUGUACAGUUUUCUUUUUUGAAAGUUUUAAUAUUGUCUUCCUUUUUAAUAACUUAUUUUAUAUAUAUUGUACAUCUUGUAAUUAAUGGUCAAUGUAUACAAGGGAACUGCCCUCAACCGUGUACAGAGAUGACUGUAAAACUGUUUGUUCUGUGGACCAAAGUUGUAGUUUUGGAGUGUACUAGCAGGUGUUCAGGUCGUGGAGCUUUAGUGGGCAUGCAUGUGUUUGGGUUAGCUUGCGUCCAUCCCAUAACUGUCAGAUUGGUGGCUUGGUUGUGUCGCAUGCUUUCUAUAAUUUAACUUUCUGUAACUGACGCCUGAGACAGUGAGACUUCUCAUCCCAGUUUCCUGCAAGAGAACCGGGCAUUUUUUAAUCUCUGUGGGACACACUGACAGAAUCAAUCAUCAGAGAAGCACUCGCUCUCUUUAUCUCCCUGGAGACGCCUGCUUCCCUCAGAACAGCAAACAAUGCCUUUGGAUGGAAAUUGUGAAAUUGUAAAUGUCUAUUUUAAUACUCAGCUAUGAAAGGAUCUGUGAAUAUGUGUAAAUAUGUUUAAUAAAUUUUAUUGGUUAUGUUAAAUCAUUGUAAACUUUCUUACAUUGCUUAAAUUUAAUCUUUUAAGCUUAAUAGCCUUUGCACUUUUAAAAUAAAAAUUGAAUGCUCAAAUCAAAAUAAGAUACUUGGUAGUCAGAAAGUAAAAGUCUUAGGAAUAUUCCAGUCCCUGAAAUGUUCAUGAAGAUUUUAUUAAUAUGUUGUAUUUUUCCUUGUAUCGAGAUGCAAAAUGUGUAAUUUGUAAAAUACCAUAAUUGAAAUAAGAUUUGGUAUGCUUUUUAUAGUAAAAUAAGGAGCAAUAUACGUAAAACAAUUUCUCCUAUGACACGAUGUAGAUUGGAUGAGAUGCAGACAAAACGUGCUGCUCAACCUGUGAAACAUUCAGAAAGGGAAAUUAGAUUAAUCUAUAUAGAUUAAACAUUUAUGAACCCUGCCACAACACUAAUACUAGAUAUUUCCUAUUUGGAUAAGGAAAGAUAAAAAAUGUGAAUUACAUGGUUGAAAUUCAGCUCACAAGUUGGAAAUCCCAACUAGCAAAAGAAAAUAUUUGGUUUUUCAGUGCAAAGGUACAUAUUAAGCUUAGAGAUUUUUGAAUUGUUACAUCAGUUUAUAUAUUCACUCUUACUGUACUGGCAUGCGCAAUACGGCAGCAGCACGUGAGAAAUAUCCAGUGCAAGGAGUUAAUGGAGGUGGAUGUCGUGUCCUUAGAAAUUUAGGGGAAAGACUUUGGCCUUUUCAUUUAAUUAAAUGGGGCCAGAAAGGCAGGGUAGACUUUGAAGCACUGGUUUUUGUUGAAGUUAUGUUUAUUAAGGCUGGGAACAUUGGAAGCUAAUUUAUAAAAGCAAUACUUUUUACUACAAAAACAACUUAACGCAAAGUUUGUUUAUUCUUUAUCCUAGAAAGGAAAUUUGAUGAGCUCAUGUGACAAAUUACAAAAAUGGAACAGGAUGAUUAAACGUUCAAGAGCAGGAGAAAAGUAAUCUGUGAAGCGUUUUGUUGUGACUGUUCAGCCAGGGGGAGGUUUGGGAAGUGGGGGGGGAGCGCUUCAUGGAAGCAGGGGACAGCAGGUACAGCCCUCAGUCAGCCCAGCUUUCUAGUCCUAGCCCCAGUGCUCAUUCUUUCAGGGUAGCUCAAACAGCGGGAGCCUCUGCCACAAUUCUGCUACCACACACUUCCUCUGCAGCCGAGUCACUGAGCUUCAUAGGAAGUGUGCGUUAGUACAUCGUUAGCACUCUUGAUGUCAGACUUUCUGAAGGUCUGAAAUACUAGAGGGAAAAUCUCAGAAUGGUUCUAUGCCUAAAACGAUUUGGGUUCUCAAAGAAAAAUAAGGAUGCUGAAUUUAAUCAGUGAUUCUUUUUAAACUAUUGAACAUCAUGAACAAGAUAUUAAAUUGUACCUAAGGAUUUGUAUUUCUUUGUCUUGUUCUAAAUCAUAUCUGUUUAAUAAAUGACUAGUUAAUAUUUGUGCAUGUUAUUUAAUAAAGAGUUAUAUUUUUAUAGAAAAAAUAAGAGUGAAAUGUGUGCUAAGUGUUUUUUACAUAAUGUUCCACUCCUGUAUAAUUAAGUGAAACAGUGUUUACUUGGGCCUCCAGCAAGAUUGCAGAAAUACUCAUCUUGUGAAAACAAUCCCAUUCCAAUCAACUGAGUAAGGAGAGGUCUCACAAAUGCAUUGUAAGUAGGAGGCACGCUGCACAACCCCCAAAGCCCAUGCACCUCAUUUGAGUGACACAUGGCAUCUAGUGGUCCAAGAAACCCAGUGAAACCGUUUCCUUUUUCAGAAGGUUAGCAACGUCGUAAACUCUACCUCUACUGGUCUUACGUGCGACUCCCAAGACUUUACACAAAGGCUAUUGACUAGUUAAGGGAAACAUUUCACCACUAAAGAGAAACACAAACUGUUUUUUCACCAGGCAGACAAUUCAUGCCAGCAUUUGGGAGACUGAGUCAAAGCCUCAUUGAUUGAACUGUUAUGAGACCGUCUCAAAACAAUAAAGUCAGUAAAUGUUCCAGACACUUAAAGGAGGAAGGCAAAAAAUAAUAAUCUUAGGAGAUGUAUGUGAGGUUUAAUGGUUAAAAUUCCAUUUUGUUUGUUUUUGUUUUGUUUUUGAGAUAGGGUCUCAAUAUGUAGCCUUGGCGACCUGGUACUUGCUAUGUAGACCAUGCUAACCUCAAACACAGAGAUCCACUUUCCCUCUGCCUCCCAAGUGCCAGGAUUGAAGGUGUGCACCACCAUGCCCAGCUAAAGUUUCUUGUAACCCAUUAUCUUGGUGGCUUCUUUGAAGUCUUGUGUGUGCUUAAGAGGGAGUUUAAGACCCCACAGAAAUAGUCCUAGAAGCUGCUUAUGAAAACUAGGGUUCAUCAGAGAAACUGGGCAACAUAAAGUAAACAAUCCCAUUAACUCAAACUGCUCUAACUACAGAAUUUCAAGUAUUGGCACAAAAGUAGCCACUACAUCUGGAAGGUCAGCCAGUUUCUCCCGUGAGUAAAAGUACACAGUAUCCACAGUAAUACAGGUUCGAUCCUGGUGCAUACCUCUGCCAGAGCAAAGUCUGCUCACACUGGGGCCAGUGUUAGUACAUGCAAACCUAAGAAAGCACAUUGGUCGUGUUUUUUAAAAAAUACAUUUUUUAAAAAGUGGUUACUCUAUCCACAUCUUCAACUAGUACCAGACAAAAAGCCUUUAUGUAGCUAACUUCUCCCUGGAUUUUUAGAGUGAUGUUACACACCUAGGAUAGGUUCACAGAUUGAUAGUCACUAUUUGUCACCCACAUUCAGCUUUACAUUUGUCAGUAGUUUUUUUUAAUGCGUAUGAGUUAGAUCUAAUUUUUUAAACAACCCAGACCUAAGUAAGCAGUCUGAUAGCUCCUUGUUACAAGUACCCAAAUGAACACAGAAAGUCUUCAUCACCCCAGAAAGCCCCCAUCCUCUCAGUCCAUGCUGUGUCCCCCAGAGGCAGGCAGUGGGCUGUUAGCCUUCACUCUGUGUUAGUCCUACCUAGUCCCAAACUUUGUGGAAGUGAGCUCAUGUGACAUAUACCUUGUGUCUGCCCUCCUUCUUAAGCAGAUUUUGGAAUUCAUAUGUGUUUCGUAUAUCAGUAACAAGUAAUUUUUAACAAAUAGUGUGAUUGUACAAAUGUGUUCUCUUUGUUCUUAGUGUUUGGAUUGUUUACAGUUGGGAUAUUGUGAAUAAACAUACAGACAUGGAAACCUUAA